CGACAACGCGUCGAGUGUUAAGCGAAAGCGAAUGACCGUGAUAUUCGACUCCCAAGGCAGAACGCUCGAUUGGCUUGGUAACGAAGCCGACUCGUGACGAUCAAUUGCGAUCCUGAAAGCUAGCUGUGGCCAAUUGGCUCAAAGGGAAGAAGAUGAUUCGACCUGCGUCAUGGCUGAUCGAACAUAAACUACUUCUUGCUCUCGGCGACAACGGCCGAUAUGCUUAUAUUACAACCUUUCGCACAGCGAUCGUUGUCAAAUUCAUACAGAUCACGAAGUCCUCGCUCUACUAUCAUUUCGAUUAACGUAAUUGAGUCUCAUAAAAGCUUGACUUCGUACUUCUGGAUCAUGAGUCACCAAGAUCCCACCACACAAGCCUCUCUUGACGCGAAUGGUCAUCUCAAAUUCAGUUCCGACGAUCCAGAGAAUCCCAAGAACUACUCAUUCAGCCGGAAAUGCUUUAUCACCGGCAUUUCCAUCUUACUCGUGAUGAAUGCCACCUUUGCUUCAUCGGCGCCAUCGGGGUCUUUUCAAGGAGUAAGUGACGAUUUUGGUGUCUCUCUCGAAGCCGCAGGUCUCGUUACCACACUCUUCCUGCUGGGAUACUGUGCCGGUCCACUGCUCUGGGCGCCUCUGUCCGAGUUCUACGGCAGACGGUGGAUCUUCCACAUCUCCUUCGCGCUGUACCUCGCAUUAGGCUUCCUAUGUGCAUUUACGCCCAAUUUCGGCGGACUCCUCGUUGGACGAUUCUUGACUGGCACCGCCGCGAGUGCGGCGCUGACGAACUCCCCUGGCGUUCUCUCUGAUGUCUGGGGCGAUGUCGCUCGUGGCAACGCCAUGAUCCUCUUCUCGACGAUGACCUUCGUCGGACCAGCGUUAGGACCGGUGGUCAGCGGAUUCCUUCAGCUCAAGGAGACUUGGCGCUGGACCUUUUACGUUCUCCUGUGGCUGGCCGGCGCUACCGAGAUCCUGCUUCUGACCCUCCCGGAGACGCUUCCUGCCGUCAUAUUGACUCAUAAGGCUCGACGGCUGCGCAAGAAGCCCGGAAACGACCACGUCAUUUCACCCGCAGAAGCUUCAGAUCGAACUCUCAAGGGUAUCUUUGCUGUCGCUUUGACUCGGCCCUGGAAGUUGCUCGUAGAUCCGAUCAGUCUGCUCGUCGCGAUCUACUACGCAGUGGUAUACACGUUGCUGUACAUGCUCUUCAGCAUAUACCCCAUCGUCUUUCAGCAACGACGCGGAUGGAACGCCGGCGUUGGCGAGCUCCCUCUAAUCGGCACCAUUAUCGGCGCCUGUCUCGGCGGUAUCGCCCUCUUUCUAGACAGUUUCCGCGGCUCAAAGAGAAACAAAGACCACAGCAAACCCGUACCUGAAGACCGUCUACCCGCGGGCAUGGUCGGCGGCGUCAUGUUCGCCGCGUCAAUCUUCUGGUUCGCCUGGACCGCCGAGUACAACUCAAUCCACUGGAUCGUGCCUACCAUUGCGGGAGUCUUCCUAGCAAUGUCAAUCUUGCUCAUCUUUGUCGUCUUCAUCAAUUACAUCAUCGACUCGUACCUGAUGUAUGCGGCUUCCGCCGUCGCUGCAAAUACCGUGCUCCGCUCGGCAUCUGCAGCCGCGUCUCCGCUGUUUACAAAUUACAUGUUCGACUCCCUUGGCAUCGGUGGUGCCGGAUCACUCAUCGGAGGAGUUGGCUUGCUUCUCAUGCCCAUCCCGUUCGUGUUCUACAAGUAUGGAGCCGGCAUCCGUGCUCGAUCAAAGUAUGCCGUCGCGGAUGAUGCGAGGCAGGCAGUACCAGAUAUGGAGAAAGACAACUAUUACGACUCGAGCAAAGCGGUCUCUGACGAGGAUAAACAUGGUAGCGUGGAGAAGAAUUCCGCGUAAGGCAUUGCAAGCAAUAUAUUGCCAUGCUGAAAGUGUGAACACAUGAAUGAAGUAUAAUCUGCGUCGUGCAAGUGGAAUAACGUCCUGCCUAUGCAAGAGUUACUCCACCGCUGUCUAACAAACAUUCUAAUCUUAUCCCCUAAUUGCCCGAACCCUCAUUCGUUAUACCACUAUAUUCCAGUUCGCCCGC